AUGAUUCAACAAGCAAUGUCAAUAUCAUGUCAACGUAUUCAAAUAGCAUAUAAAGCUAAAUUUAUAUCAAAAUCUAAUGAUUAUAUUUUGACAGAAAAGAAAUCAUUUAUUAAUUGGUUUGAUCAAAAAUUUACUCAAAUGAAUAUACGGUUUCCUUGGAAUCUUAUCGGUCAACAACUUGAUGAAGAUAACAAGGAAUCAUUUUUGGUUCAAUUUACUUUUCAAUUAAAUAAUUAUUAUCAAUCGUCAUGGAAUAAUGAAUUUAAACAAGAAAAAUCUCGUAUUUAUUCACAUGUAAUAAAUACUUUACAAUCAGUUCUUAACAAUGAUUAUUAUUCAAAAAAACGAAAAGCUUGUCAUAUUUUAUUUCAAUGUAUCUAUUCAGUAUUUCUUAUUUGUCUUUUAUUAACAAGUGGUUUUCUUUUAUGGAUGAUUAUCAUUAUUAUUGAAGGAAUUACUAUUGAAAGAAAAAUUCAUGAUUAUAUUGAAAAAUCUUCAUUAGAAUUAAUUUCAUUUAUAGAACAUACAGCAUUUAUAACAAAUUGUUUUUUUAAUUCAAUUGAAAUAAAUGAUGAUAAAUUUGAAUCUACAUUAAUAACCAAUGAAACUCUUCAUACCAAUUUCGAUUUAAAAUUCGCAUUAAAUGGUGUAUCAUUUUUAACAAAUAUUUUUCAUGAUCUAUCAAUACAUUUAAAAAAUUUAAAAAAUUUAUUUCAUUUUUGGUUCAUGUUCACUAAAUUUGUUAUUCUUCUUCCACAUGUAGCUGGUGCUUGUUCAGCUUGUAAUGAUUUGAAACAAAAACAAGUUUAUAAUUCACUGUUAUUUGCUAGUAAAUGGUUUAAUUCGACUUUUCUCAUAGCAAUGAAUAAUGAACCUAUUGAUAUUGAUCAAUUAAUUGAAAAAUGUAAACAAAAUCUGCCGUUAUUGUCAAUUAUUGAUUUUAUUCGUUUGGCAUUAUUAGAGAAUAAAAUGGAUAGAAUAGAUAAUAUUAAUAUAGAUAAAAUGAAUAUAGAAGACACUGAUCUUAAUCAAUAUCAUCUAUUUCAUUAUUUAAUAACUUCAAUUAUUACAACAAUAAGUCAUUUACUUUUAUAUUUAAUAACAAUUCUUCUUCAUCGAUGUAUUCAAAACUAUAAAUAUAAAUCUAGUCAUUUGAAGUUUUCAUUUCAAUCAUCACCUAUACUUACUACAAAUCAUUCUAUGAUAAUACCUUCAAAUCAAAAUCAACAAGAUGAAAUAGAAACAAAAAUUGAAUAUCAAAAUCAUCCAAUAAUAAUUCAAUAA